GCCUCUCCUCACCACAUCCCUACUAUGGCUGUGUUUCUGCAGCUGUUACUGCUGCUGCACUCGAGGGCCCAAGGGAACCCUGAGGCUUCUCUGGAGGGCCGCCCUGGGGACCGGGUGAAUCUCUCAUGCGUAGGAGUCUCUCACCCCAUCCGCUGGGUCUGGGCGCCCAGCUUCCCGGCCUGCAAGGGCCUGGCCAAAGGACGCCGGCCAAUCCUGUGGGCCUCUUCCGGCGGGACCCCCACCGUACCUCCCCUCCAGCCCUUCGUUGGCCGCCUACGCUCCCUGGAGUCUGGUAUCAGGCGGCUGGAGCUCCUCUUGAGCGUGGGGGACUCGGGCACCUUUUUCUGCAAGGGCCGCCACGAGGAUGAGAGCCGUACAGUGCUUCACGUGCUGGGGGACCGGGCCUAUUGCAAGGCCCCGGGGCCUACCCACGGCUCCAUGUAUCCCCAGCUCCUGAUCCCGCUGCUGGGCGCUGGGCUGGUGCUGGGACUGGGAGUUUUGGGCCUCGUCUGGUGGCUGCACAGACUCUUAUAUGUCCCUUACAGGCGCCUGCCCCCGCAGCCGAUUAGACCACUCCCUAGAUUUGCUCUGUUCCCCCCACAUAGCUCCACUUGUGAAAGCCGAGCCCCGGAGAGCAGUAAAGGAGGAAGAGCCCAAGAUUCCAGGGGACCUGGACCAGGAACCGAGCCUUCACUAUGCGGAUCUGAACCAUCUGGCCCUCAGCAGGCCCCGACGGCUGUCCACAGUGGACCCCGCUGAUGCUUCCACCGUCUAUGCAGUUGUAGUUUGAAGGGAAGCCCUUACUCCAAACCUCCCAAGCUGGGAGCUCCCAGCUCCCCAAAAUCCCUCUCCCCUCCCUGAUCCCUCACCUGGAAGAGGAAGGCACCAUGGUAUAGAAAUAAGUGCUAGACUGGAAGUCGGGAGACCUGGGUGCUAGGCUGUCUCUGCCACUGAUGUUACUCCUAAACUUACUCCCAUGUCUCCCAUAACCUUCAUGUCUCCCUCACCACCGGUGUCCCCUCUAUACCCAGUCAAGCCCUAUCUCCUAUCUUAAGACAUCAGUAACUCCCAGA